CCUGGCCCCCAUGAUGGGAACAUUAGGAAAGUCGUCUUAACUAGUGUAGUACCACCUGUUGUUAUGCUUAAUUUUUAAAAAAAGAUAAGCUUAAAAUUAAAAGAUUUUCAGUGUUAUUGGGUUUUUCCAGUGUCAAAAAAUUUUACAAUGGCAAAGAAAUCGCUUCCGGCCAGCCGAUUGGACUACGAUUAUUUGUUAAAGUUUUUAGCUUUAGGAAAUGCUGGAGUUGGGAAGACAAGUUUCCUUUAUCAGUAUACAGAUGGUAUAUUCCAUUCAAAGUUUACAACAACUGUUGGAAUAGAUUUUAGAGAAAAGCGUGUAGUAUACCGAUCUAAAACUGUAGAAGGCAUGCAAGGCAAAAGUCAGAGAAUUCAUUUGCAGUUAUGGGAUACUGCUGGCCAAGAAAGGUUUAGAAGUCUUACAACAGCAUUUUUUAGAGAUUCCAUGGGAUUUUUAUUGCUCUUUGAUUUAACAAAUGAACAAUCAUUUUUAUCAAUCCGUGGCUGGCUAGAACAGUUAAAGGUAAUCAUACUAAAAAAUAGUUAUAGUUUGAAGAAAAUUUUGUCAGCAAAACUUAUAAGUUAUCAAAUGACUCAUGCUUAUACAGACAAUCCAGAUAUUGUACUUUGUGGGAACAAAGCAGAUCUUGAUGAUCAACGAGAAGUAUCUGAAGAAGAAGUAAAAGAAACGGCAUCUCGAUAUGGGUUGUCUUACCUGGAAACGUCUGCGGCAACUGGCCAAAAUGUUAAUGCUGCCGUAGAGCUUCUGUUAGACAAAGUUAUGCUUAGAAUGGAUCAAGCUGUUGAAGAUGCGUUUGGUACUAGUAAGAGAGGGCAAACCAUACAAUUGAAAAGCUAUCCUGGUGAUAGCCAAGGAUGUGCGUGCUAAGUCAGUUUUCGUAAUUCAUGUUGAAUCGGUGUUCCUUGUGCUACGUGUCGAGUUAAGUGAUUGAUUGGGUUAAACUUUUAUCUUGAACUUGUGUAACCGUUGUCAGAUUCGCAUCUCAGUUUAAUAUUACACGUGGGUUUUUUUUUCUUCAGUUACAAUAAAAUUUCUCGAAAAGAUA